CACAAUAUAGCUCGCUUUAUGAUGAUUACUUAAAGCUACAUUCACUUUUAUCAAUUAAUAUCUGUAUGUGAAUAGGCAAAAUACAAUGUAGUAGUUUUGCCUUAUAACACAAACGUAAAUAAUAAAACUCCGUGUUAAACCAUAGUCGACCAGCCGGACGCGACGCCUGUGAGUGGCUCACACAUGUAACGUUAAGGUAGCCUAUUAGCACUGCCUUAGUAACAGAGAACUAGCUCUUUGGCUUCAUUUUAACCCAUCAUAAAUGUUCUCUAUUUAAUAAGAAAACUAAGAAUCAUCUCUACUGUUCCGUGUGGUUUUUUUUCACAAGCAGGGCUUCUGUUUUACAUCAGCACCCACAUGAACAAUAGUUGAAUACAAGAUCAUGAAGGUGAAUAAAUCCAAAUGGGUCAAGGGCCAAGCAAAAUCUCUGAAGUGGAAGGAUGUGAGGGGGAAAAGGUGCCGGCCUCCAGUCAGUUCCUCAGACCCCAUCUCCAGUCCUGUUCUCAUCAGAAUGGCAAAGGAGCACCAGGCAUUUGUGAAGAAAAAGCCCACCAUCAAGAGAUUGAAAAGUAAGGCUAAGCCUAUCGUUGACGCAAAGAAACACAACCCUCAGUCUGGAUCAAAGAAAUCUCACGCACAUGCUAAUGGAGGUUCAGUGUUAAGAAUGAACGACAAGUCAAAUAACUCAGAGGAAUGGAAGAAGUAUUCCAAGUCCAUUCAUAGGAACGGUGUGGAGACCUCGGCUGACAUGGAAGAUGUAAGCUUGGGGAGAAUGGAGGCAGAGUCUCUCCAUCACUGUGCAGAGAGAGAUGAUCGACAAAACCAUGCAGUACUUGUUAUGCAGAAGGAUCAGACCCUGUGUUUCCGUGGGAAGUGCCUUUUGACUUGUCUUUAUGGACGAGUAGAAGUGAUGGGGUUCACCAUUGAAGAAGGCCAACAGUCCUAUCCACUCUUCUCCCCAGCCUCACAUUGUCCACUGACCAUUAGAGCUCUGGAAAGCUCUGACCAGACCAGAGAUGAAACAACGGAGGCAUUACCCAUUCUCAAAAAAUAUCUGCAACUAGCAUCAUGGAAGAAGUUGCUCAAAAAGGUUACAUCACACUCAUCCAUCAUCCUACUGGAGCCCAUGGAGACGCCUAUGACACGCUUUCUGUCAAGCUUCACAGAUCUUAGUGAAUUGUUCAGCCCCCUGAUAAGUGAACUCAUGUCAGCUGUUCUCGACACUCCACUCAAUGGUCUGGGUAUGAUUCCCCUCGGCAAAGCCAUCGAGGGCCUGACAAUGUCAAAGAGCUUCAGAGAUGGCCUUAACACGGUUGUCAGCGCAUGCAGAGGAGAAAUGGAUGGUUGUGCGGUCAUCCUUGUUUGUGGUACCAAGAAUGUGGGCAAAUCAACGUUCAUCCGCACCCUCAUCAAUAACCUACUAAAUCACACUGCGAGUGUCGAUUAUUUGGAAGGUGACCUCGGCCAAACCGAGUUCACUCCCGCUGGUUGCCUGUCUUUGUCGACUGUCAGAGGACCACUUCUGGGUCCUCCUUUCACUCAUCAGUCUCCACCAGAGCACAUGAUCUACUAUGGCCAUCCGUCAUGCGAGACAGACUUAGAACGCUACCUGGAAUCCCUUAAAUCCUUGUGGUGUAGACGGUCCCGGACCAGAGUGACUCCCAUCAUUAUCAACACCAUGGGCUGGGUCAAAGGAUUUGGAUUUCAGCUGCUAGUGGACAUGAUCCGCUUCCUCCCAGUCUCGCAUGUCAUCCAACUCAGUCAUGGCGGUACCAACCAGUGCCCCGCCGUCACUCCGGAGUUCAUGAAGACGGCACACGGCUGCCAAACGCGCCCACCGGCCCAGACCGCUCUGGCCGAGAUCACGGAGAGCAACAGUCCCCCCAGAAGUUUCACUCACCUCAUUUUAGAAUCUGAGUUUCAAGGAGUGGGCCGCCAAGGAACAGCAAAACACCAGCGUACUAAUGAGCACAGAGAGCUGUCAUUGCUGGCCUACCUGAGUCAGCUGCAGUCUCCUGACAACGGACCAAUUAAACCUCUACACAGCCUCACCCCAUACCAGGUGCCCAACACAGCAGUGGCUUUAGGUGUGCUCCAUUGUGAGGUUGCGCCCAGUCACAUGUUUUAUGCUGCCAAUGCGAGUCUGGUGGGUCUCUGCUGCCUGGGGGAGAAGGUCUCCAGCAGGGGAGGUCCAGUCCUGCUGUCCAAGGCUCCCAUCUGCCCAUGUGUGGGCUUCGGUGUGCUUCGAGGCAUCGACAUCGGGCGAGGUCUGUACUUUUUGCUGACGCCUGUAGCUCCCUCCAUCCUACGUAAGGUCAAUUGUCUCCUGUUGGGCGCGGUAUUGCUGCCUUCCUGCAUCCUCACCACACAGCCUGGCUUCGAAGGGGAGAUGCCCUACGUCACUACAGACUACAGUUUCGAUCUCACUGGUGCAGGAAAGCUGCGAGUCUUCAAGGGACUAACACGACCCAGUCACCUUGGGCCAAAAUGACAUUUCCGACGCUGCAUUGCUGUUUACCUUCUUGACUGGUGUCUCACGCCACACCAGUCCAGAUUGGCCUUUGAAUGUACAGAACUGAGGUUGUGAUGGACAGUUUUUUUUCCCCCUCAAGUUUCAGUCUGACGGAACAGCCAGUGUUACAGACUCUGCAGAUUGCUGCUUUCAAGUUGCUGGACUUGCAACCUCCUACUGUACGUAGAUAUUAGAUGACUGUGAAGAAGUGUCUGUGUUUUAUGUCACAUGGAUAAUAAUAUCACACUUUGUACUUGCAGUUGGUCUUUGAUGUCUUUUUAUUGUGUAGUUGGCAUUCCAAAGCUGCAAAUGAAUACAACAACCUGCCAGAUAUUAAAUGAGAAACCCCGUUUA